AUGUCGUUGAAGCAGGAGAUUGAGACCUGGGUUCAGGCCCUGGCCCACUACGACAAUAACGAGUUCGAGGAUGCCAUCGCCGUCUUUGGAGGCAUCGCGGACACUUCCAAGAUCCUCUUCAACUGCGGCGUCAUCUACGCUACGCUGGGGGAACAUGUCAAGGCAGUGGACUGCUACCAGAGAGCCAUCGCCCUCGACAAGUACCUCGCCAUAGCGUACUUCCAGCAAGGAGUGUCCAAUUUCCUUAUCGGCGACUUUGAAGAAGCGCUCGCCAACUUCAACGAUACGCUGCUCUAUCUUCGAGGCAACACGACCAUCGACUACGAGCAGCUGGGCUUGAAGUACAAGCUCUACUCGUGCGAAGUCCUCUUCAACCGAGGACUGUGCUAUAUCUACCUGCAGGAGACGGAGUCUGGCAUGAACGAUCUGACCUAUGCGGCAAAGGAAAAAGCAAAACCAGACCAUGAUGUUAUCGAUGAAGCUAUUGCUGAAACUGCAGAGGGGUACACUGUGUUCUCGAUCCCGGUUGGCGUGAUAUAUCGACCGAGCGAGGCCAAGGUCAAGAACCUCAAGACGAAAGAGUAUCUCGGCAAAGCGAGACUGGUGGCUGCCUCUGAUCGAGCAAACACGUUCACCGGAUUUCAGGCCCACGAGACGAAAAUACCGGUCUUUGAGAGCUCUCGAGAUGACCGGCCGCCGGAAACGAUCUCUUACGGCGCCACGAACCUCGUGCAGAAGAACCUGGCGACCAGGAGCAGACAGCAGUCUGAACCACCCAUCAGCCGCAAUGCUUUCCCUCCUACACCACCACCGGACGAGAAGGCUGCCUCCCUCGUCCCCAGCAAUGGAUCUACAGGUAGUUUGGCCCGCAAACAGUCCCUGACAAGGGCCACUCGGCCCCCUGUUCUCGAACUUGGACAGCCCACUGGGUCUAACGGAUCACCAGCACCGGCAGUGGAAACACAAGCAAGGCCUCAGCAAGAGAAACCACGAGUUGGAACCAUACGAACGGCCUCUGAGCCACGCGGGCCAGCCUCCAGGCUCUCAGCCAUACGAUACGCUCCACAAAACGGGAAACUCCUCUUCCGCGAGACCACCGGACAGCAUCGACGUCCCAUGUCAGGCAUCGCUCCUCUGUCCGAAGAACCACAGGCCUACUACGCCAUGUACGCUGCGGGAUACCCCAACGAGAACGGCCUAGCGUCCAAAGCGACAAGACUGCCAGAAUACAUCGACGAAGAAGGCUACGAAUCCGACGCCUUCGAAGACGACUCGGGAGACUGCGUCCAAUUCGAAAUGGUCGGAAGCCGCCCUCCACCACAGCACCAAGUGUCCGGCCACCGACGCCGUGGCUCCUCCCGACGGCCUGAAAUCAAGAAGAUCCGCGUCAAAGUCCACGCAGACGCAGACACACGCUUCAUCAUGAUAACGCCCACCACCGAGUUCGCUGAGUUCGAAAACAAGAUCCGCGAGAAGUUCGGGUUCAACGGCAACCUGAAGAUCAAGAUGCAGGAUGACGGCGACAUGGUCACCCUGGCCGACCAGGACGAUCUAGACAUGCUUGUUACAGCAGCCAAGCAGGCGGCUAGAAGGGAGAAUAACGAUAUGGGCAAGACGGAGGUAAGGGUUUCGUGCAUUCCGCCUGUAGGCUUUGCAUAUACGUAA